CGCUCGACGCCACAGAAUAGUGCAUUGGUUCAAUCCGUAACGGCUCCUUCCACCCUAUCUGAGUGCACUCCAUAGGGUCUGAAAUAAUGGCUUCUACGCCCUACGUAGUUCACUCUGUAUCCACUAGGACGCGGUUUGCAAUGCGGCCUCUGCCUUGCCUCGCUAUGGGUGCGCACAGUAUGCUGGGAAUGCGCGUUCACGAGACGAACGGUCAUCUUUAAACCCCAGAAAGAAUCUUCUUCCGUUUAGCGCCACGACUCACAGCGAUAGAUACACAGUUCCCUAUAUUUAGGUUUAUAUUUUUAGAUAGUUUAGUCAACGAGAAGGUGAAGGACAGGCGAUAUUGAUUAGACGACACAUUAUGGCUGUUGUAUAAGCAAAAUUGGUUGCUUGUUGGUCCUCUGACAGCAACAAAACACAGACGAGAAAAAAAACCCCGAACGCACCAAGUAAAGGAAGGCGUUGUUAUUAGCCUGCUAGCUAAGUUAGCUAUCAUUAGCUUCCAAGCUAAAAGGUUUGUCUUAAUAACGCAUAUUUCUUUAUUUGUUGCUCUCUCGCUCGUUCAUCCACCUCGGACUCGACUAUACGUGACUAUACCGGGUCCCGUCUUGUGCUUUUUAUCCGGAGAUGAGCGCAAGAUGUCGGUUUCGGGACUGAAGGCCGAGCUGAAGUUUCUCGAGUCCAUUUUCGACACGAACCACGAACGCUUCAGGAUCAUCGACUGGAAACCCGAUGAGCUGAGCUGCCAGUUUAACGUGACCGGAGAGAAGCUGCUCAUUAUCCACUGCAAUAUCACGGAAUCCUAUCCUUCAACGCCUCCGUUAUGGUUCGUGGACUCCGAUGACCCAAGUCUGACCCAAAUAUUGGAGCGCCUGGAGGAUGUAAGAAAAGGCAAUACACUGCUCCUGCAGCAGCUGAAGAGGCUGAUUUGUGACCUGUGUAGGCUGUAUAAUCUACCUCAGCAUCCUGAUGUAGAGAUGCUGGAUCAGCCUCUCCCCGCUGGCCCUGUCGACCAGGAAAGAAAGCAUGGUACUACAGAUGAAGUGACUUCAGAGGAAGAAGAGGAGGAAGACAUGGGAGAGGACAUAGAGGAGCUCGAUCACUACGAGAUGAAAGAGGUGGAGCCGGUAGACGGGAAGAAGUCCGAGGACGACGGCAUCGAGAAAGAGAACCUGGCUAUCCUCGAGAAGAUCCGCAAGAACCAGAGGCAGGACCACUUGAACGUAAGUGCUCAUUCGGGAGCGGUGUCGGGCUCCGUCCAAGCCUCAGAUCGUCUAAUGAAGGAACUUCGUGAGAUUUACCGAUCUCAAAGUUACAAAUCAGGUAUCUACUCAGUGGAGCUUGUUAACGAUAGCCUAUACGAGUGGCACGUCAAGCUAAGAACAGUUGAUCCAGACAGCCCUCUGCACAGUGACCUUCAAGUGCUGAAAGAGAAGGAGGGCAUGGAUUACAUCCUUCUCAAUUUCUCAUACAAAGACAACUUUCCCUUUGAUCCGCCGUUUGUACGAGUCGUUUCUCCUGUGCUGUCUGGAGGUUAUGUCCUUGGAGGAGGGGCCCUGUGCAUGGAACUACUCACCAAGCAGGGCUGGAGCAGUGCCUAUUCCAUCGAGUCUGUCAUCAUGCAGAUUAACGCCACUUUAGUCAAAGGAAAAGCCAGAGUCCAGUUUGGAGCCAAUAAGAACCAAUACAAUCUUGCCAGAGCACAGCAGUCAUAUAGAUCACUGGUGCAGAUCCAUGAAAAGAACGGCUGGUACACACCACCCAAAGAAGAUGGAUAAGAAUAACCUCUGGUCAUUCAAACAAGGACAGAAUGUAUUGGAGUCAACAGCUGUUCUUCUUUUACAUAUUUUUUUUUUCCCCACCCCCUCCUUUUUUUUUUUUUUUUUUGUUGUAUUUUAUUAUUUUUUCCCCUUUCCUCCGCCUCUCAUCGUCUUGCUAGUUGGAGAUGCACCAUGUCUGGAUUAAAGACUUCUGAACUGAGUUGGGCUUGGAGAGUUUUAACGGGUAAAACAUGUAUUCCUCUACCAUAUUCUCUGUACUUCACGCGCAUCACUGCUCGUUCUCCGUUCUUCCUGCUUUCUCUUUGGCUGUUCGGUCGGAAUUUACCACGGCAGAUUUCUCUCGAGCGACGCCCAUGACCUCUCGCCUUCACGGACAGGACGUCCUACGAUCGGAGUCAUCCUGCGUAAACGCCAAGGUUUCCUACACGAUAACAGGCUUUUGGAUAUCGGCGCUUACCCGAACCUCCCUUCUUUCUCCCAGACUUAAAACGUGAACGUUAUGGAGAAAAAGAAAAGCGGAGAGACUUGAGUUUGGGUGGAGGAGACUUAAGUGAUCAACACUUGUAAUGAAGAACCCACAUUGUGUUUUUUCUUUUCUUUUUUUUUUUUUUUUUUUUUUUUUUUUUUUUUUUUUUUUUGAAAAGAGAUGGAGGUUAAAUUCCAUCACCACUCCAUCCUCUCGUUCUCCUCGGCGCUUGGUCACACUGAAAAUCUGACCAGGCACGUCGGACUAGUUCACUGUAAAGUCAUCGAAAUGAUUUCCGCCUGUAAGUAAACUUAUAAAGAUGUAUCACAGAGAUUGAACUUUUGCAUUUCAGACCGGACGGGAUCGCUUAAAAACAUGCCUGCGUAGCGCGGAACGUCCGUCUGAAGAUUUAUCUCGCAAAUAGAAUAAGGAUAAAUUACCUAAUGGAUAUCCUCAUGUUGACAAAAGGAAUAUCUUAAACAUGUUUUACGUACACAUUAUGACUACUGCUGUUUUUUUUUGUUGUUUUUUUUGUUUUGUUUUGUUUUCCCUGUUUGUUUUUGGUUUUCCCUUGUGAGAAUGGAAGUGAUGUGUGGCUUACGCUGUCAUUAACUGCAAUUGUGACCAUUCCUCUUUAACCAGUGUGAUUCCUGCUGUGUUUAUUACAUCAACAGCGUUAUGUAAAACUUUCUUCUUUUUUUUUUUUCUUUCCCCUC